CCUACGUCCAGGUUCGGCUGGCAGCUCAGCGCUCAGACGCCAUGUGGCGCUCUCUCACCAUGAGAGGAGCUCGUCCUGCCCGCUACGCUCCGAUAGCUCCGAGUCUGGGAAACCUUCAGAAACUCACCACCCAGCACUUCAGCCUUCACACCGGAGCGCACAGGCGUGCUGGCGUCCGCGGGAACGCACUGUCCAGGUUAGGAUGGACCCCUCUGCACCGAACCAGAGGACCGCUGGGGGUCGUUGGGUUGGAGAGGCAGAGGCUGGAGGCGUGAGGGGGAGGAGGAAGGAACAGUCAGUUUCGAUUUAAUUCCUUAACGGCUCCCUUUACGCAGGGUGGAGAGGUACAGUAGUCCACCGUCUGGCAGUGUAAUCCGCUUGACGGGAGGAGCAGGGAAACCCUCUCCAGACAGAGACAGAGAGAGGGAGGGAAAGAUUUAAGUCGGACAGGGGCAGAGAGAGUUGACAGGAGUGCUUGUCAGAUUUUGAGCUUUUUUUCUGGUGCUGAAACCUCAUUGGAACUGACUGAUUGACUCUGAGGAUAAUGCAAGCGGUUUGAAUUCCAUCAUGAGUGGACCGACAAAUGUUCAGUACCAGUCUGGGGUUUAUGGAGGAAACAACAACAGCAGCUCUCCUCUCUCCAGCCGUGGAAAUUCGCCCAUCAUGUGUGAGCGCUGUGGGGAGGUGUGUCGUGGGGAGGUGGUGCGCGUCAAAAACACACACUUCCAUGUUCAAUGCUUCACCUGCCAAGUGUGUGGCUGCAAUCUAGUGCACUCUGGUUUCUUCCACCACUCUGGCGAGUACAUCUGUACAGCAGACUACCAGCGGCUCUAUGGGACCCAGUGUGACAGCUGUGAGCAGUACAUCACUGGGGAGGUAGUAUCUGCCCUGGGGAGGACAUACCACCCACACUGCUUUGUCUGCAGCAUCUGCAGGAGUCCGUUCCCAAUUGGAGACAGGGUGACCUUCUGUGGGAAGAAGUGUGUGUGUCAGCAGUGCUCACACACUCUGAAAAGCGACAAGCCCGUCAAGGUCCACGGACCAAGCUAUUGUGCAGGCUGUGGAGAGGAAAUCAAACAGGGUCAGUCUCUGCUGGCUCUGGAGAGACAGUGGCAUGUCAGUUGCUUUAAAUGCAGAACGUGCGGCUGUGCGCUCACUGGAGAGUACAUCAGCAAGGAGGGGAUACCUUACUGCGAGACUGACUACCACACUCAGUUCGGGAUCAGGUGUGAUAGCUGUAACAGGUACAUCAGCGGCAGAGUACUUGAGGCUGGAGGGAAGCACUACCACCCUAGCUGUGCCAGGUGUGCUCGCUGUCAUAUGAUGUUCCUGGAAGGAGAAGAAAUGUACCUUACAGGUUCGGAGGUUUGGCACCCCAUGUGUAAAGAAGCAGCUCGGCUGGCGAGAAAACUGAGGCUGAGACGCACCUCGGAGACGGCAUCCAUUUCUCCUCCAGGCUCCUCUCCUCUCCUCGGUUCCCCUCACCGGCUCAUCUGUUCUCAAGCUGACAGUGACGUUUUGCGCUACAAGGAGCUGGCAGCUCUGCCCAGGGUGAAAGCCAUAUAUGACAUCCAUCGGCCUGACAUAAUCCCUUAUCAGGCUGACCAUGCCCACACAGACCUUUCAGAUGACACUUUGGAGCGAUACAGCUGCAGACAGUCCUUGGUCUCCUUAUCACCAUACUCUCAUGAUCUCUUGGAUGGCGUGGAACUAAGAACGAGGCGUUCCUCCAGCUCUGCCUUCACUGACUCUCCUGCAAACGGAGGCUCCCCACUGCAUUAUUAUCUCCCUGGCAGUGAGAGUGGCAGGAGUUCACCCUAUUACAGUCAGCCAGAGCCCAGGUGUGCUACACCAACCACCACCAUCUUCCAAGCCCCAAAACAUUUCCAUGUGCCAGCUUCUGAAGAAACCAACAUCUACAGGAAACCCCCCAUUUAUAAAAGACAAGCCAUAUCUGUCUCUCCAGCAGCCAGUAAGAGUAAGACCAACGAAAACCUCCUCAAUUCCCGUCGCCUCUCCACCUCCAACGGCAACAGCCUUUAUCACCCAGACUCAAACUACUACCCAUAUACUGGCUCGCCGAAAGUCUCCAGGGUCAGGAGGUUUUCGACCGGAGGAGAAGAGGAUGGAUGGAAUCAGAAUAUAAACAAGGGAAUUGGCAGGAUGAUCCUGAAGGAGGAGAUGAAAGCGCGUUCAGGUUGUCACGACAAUGACCAGUGGGGGAGCAGACGCAGUUCCCGCAGUAGCAGCAAAGAGGCGCUGAAUAAUCUGGGAAACUGCUCUCUCAACGGCUGUAAGUCUAGUCUCAGAGCUGCUGGCAUGGACUCAUACAUUGCCAAAUCGUCCUCGUUGCCAGGCUACGGCAGAAGUGGACUAAACAGGCCUGGGAGUGCGGGUGCAGAUCAUUACCAGUACGACAGCAGUAAUGCAGUUAAUUGGCAGAUCAGAGAAUACAAGAUCUACUCAUAUGAAGCCCUUAUAGUGUCAGUCAGAGGGCAGCAGCGUCUCCCAAGUGAUGUGGAUCGAGCCAGACUGGAGCGUCACCUCUCACCAGAAGACUUCUACAGAGUCUUUGGCAUGUCCAUGUCUGCCUUUGAUCAUCUUGCUCAGUGGAAGAAGAACGAACUAAAGAAACAGGUCAGACUCUUCUGAGAAAAUGAAGCCAGGAGAACCGCCUAACCAAGUGCAGCUCCUCCGCCAACAGCAACAAGCUCUGAAAAGGGGCUUUUAGAGAUGCCUGCAGACCCCAGAUUGACUGUUUCACAGUGGAAGAGGAACUGGUAGAACCAAAAGACUCCCCUCCUUUGAGG